AUGAGGAGCCGGCGGCGUGGCCGCGGCGCCGCUGCGGGCCAGCUCAGCGGCGGCGUCGCGGAGGCGGUCGACGCUGUCGUCCAUAUUCUCGGGGCAGUCGCGGACGGGGCCAGAGCCGGAGCCGGAUCGGGGGGGAUGGCGGCGAGGCGGGCGACAGCGGAGCAGGCCCGGUCGGCGCUGACGGCGAGGGUGAAGCGGGCGAGCUCCCGGGGCUGCGGCGGACGGCGGCGAGAGAACUAUAUGCUGGAAGUUGAAUACGGAAAGACUUAUUUGCUCCGCAUCAUUAAUGCUGCUCUCGAUAACCAGUUCUUCUACAAGGUGGCUAGCCACAAUUUCACAGUGGUCAGUGUGGAUGCAACUUACACUAAGCCCUACAAAACAGAUGUGAUCGUCAUCGCACCGGGCCAAACUGUCGAUGCCAUCAUGGUCGCGGAUUCUACGCCUGCUCGCUACUAUAUGGUUGCUCACCCGUAUGCAUCCGAAAAUCCUCAGCCGUCAUACUUCAAGAACACCACUACAAGGGGUAUACUUCAGUACAAAUCUGCAUCACUGUCGUCGAGUCCCAUGGUGCCACUUUUGCCCCCAUUACAUGACACGCCCACUGCCCACCGUUUCUACACCAGCUUAACCAGCCUCCUCUUGCCGGGGCAGCCUACCGUCCCUCUCCAUGUUGACGAGUGCAUGUUUGUCUCCUUUGGCUUAGGCUCCCUUUGCAAAGGAGGUGAACAAUGGUGUGAACUUACUGAUCGUAUGAUCGUUGCAAGCAUGAACAAUGUCUUAUUCCGGUUGCCGACAAAGAUGUCAAUGUUGGAGGCACACUUUAAGGGUAUACAAGGUGUAUUCACAACAGACUUCCCAAAUAAGCCGCCGCUGUUCUUCGAUUUUACUAAUGCAUCAUUGCACAACGGCACCAUAGAGGAGUCACUGGAGAUAACAGCAAUUGGCACGAUGGUUAAGAAAUUAAAGUACAACUCCACAGUGGAAAUUGUGUUGCAGAGUACUGCGAUAGUGGCGACACAAAAUCACCCUAUGCACAUUCAUGGGUUCAACUUCUUCGUGUUGGCACAGGGCUUUGGAAAUUACAAUGAGCAAACGGCGAGGAAUAGCUACAACCUCGUCGAUCCGCAAGUAAGGAACACAAUAGCCAUUCCGACAGGUGGAUGGGCAGUGAUACGAUUCAUUGCAAAUAAUCCAGGAGUGUGGUUUAUGCAUUGUCACAUGGACUUGCACUUCCCAAUGGGGCUGGCUACAACUUUCUUGGUUGAGAAUGGACCCACACCAGACACCACUCUCCCUCCGCCGCCGGCAGAUUUCCCCCAGUGUUCAUCUUUGGAGGUAGCAAGAUCAGAGAGCAUAUGGAACCAAGACAAGAGUGAAGGGAAGGAUAGUUAUCUUUGAUAAAAUUCAUAAGUAUGUGGAGGAUUGUGAAAGGUAUGAGGUGA